AUGAGCAAUGCCCCACGCGGCCGGGUCCUUCUUGGAGAGAGCGUCUUGCAGGCAUGUCUGGAGCAGUCGUGCCUCACAGCAAACGCUCGGGGAGCAUUGUUCGGAGACGUGAGCGUCCAGGUCAAUGGUUCAAGCUCACUGGACGAUGAUGUUGCUGUUUGGAAUCUGCAGAUGGCUACCAGGAGUGGCCCAUCGGGACGUGAGCAGACCGAGGAAGAGUUCGUGGCCGCCCAACAGCAAGCUGAGGCAAUGUCCGAGCAGGUGUCGCGGUCUACCAAAGUUGUGGGCUGGUACACUUCAAGUCCCUCGGAAGUUACCGAAGCCGACAUGAGGCUGCAACUCCAAUAUCAAGAGAACUUUGCCGACUACUGCGUCGCCCUGGUCUUUGGCCGGGCUUCGACUGCAACAGGGACCAGGCAGACAGUAACGGCCUUCCGAACAUCCGUGUCUCGAGGAACAUUGGUCCUCGUGACCGUAAAGGUCGAAGUCGUUCCGCUGUGUAGCCUUGUCGCGCAGGAUUGCUUCUUGCAGCUUUGUUGCCGGCCUACCGUGCGGGCAUUGCGCCAGGUGCUUUUGGACAUGCAGCAAGCAAGGCAUCAGAAGACUGCCGAGCAUACUUUAAAGGACAAAAUCCACCUCACCACCGAGUUGCAGCUGCUCUGUGGGCAGUACGAAGGACUCUGUCUGAUGCUGGAGUCGAAGGUCCCUGUGCUGGCGGACUUGCUCUGUGAUGUGCAGCACAACAGCCAGGUGCUGGAAGAGCUUUUUGCAAAGAAAGCGCAAAGAAAUUCUCAGGAGGGCUCAGCUCGAACACCCGCAAGGCCUUCAAGGCCAGCGGCUGGUCCGGCCGGCAACCAUACGGUAUCUGCCCGUCCGUCGUCCAUGCAGCAGCCUGACAGUGGAGGCCUGGUGCCAAGUGUGGGCGGACCAGCAGUCAGCGCCGAGGCGGAAACGACUUGUGGAGCAUCUGGGGACGAGGCAUCAACUCAGCCACAGAAGAGAAGAAAGAAAGGCUUGGUGGAAAUGCUGAGCAAGAGUCGGGCAAUCACGGAGAGCGUGCCCUCAGGAGCCUCCUCGGUGCCAAAGCGAGCACCCCGCACUCGAGGACUCGCAAGUGCCCUCAGUGCUCCGAAGGAGAGACGACAGAGGUCGAGUGGAGCCUCGGACAUGGCAUCGGAUCGGGUUGGAGCCAUCGUUGCCACAGAGACUUCUGCGGACAAGCCAUCUCUUCUUAAGCGGCGCAGACAUAUCGCGUCUGAGACGCAGGAGAGCGUUUGA